UUAUUCCGAUAAUUCUUGUUCAUCACUAGUCGCGGCACUAUUUACUUAUAUGUAUGUACAUAUAUGUAUAUAUAAACACACACAUGACAACUUAGUAAAUAGAAAUGAAUAGAACCGUACAACCUCGGAUAUUAAUAAGUUCCUUAAAACACUGGCCACGCCGCUAUGCAGCUGACCAAGCAGAGGCACGGCCUAAAAAGCAUUCGGCGUGCAUUGGUCUUACACAACCACCGGAUCCGCAGUCGGUGAAAACGGACUAUAUUGGCCCGCCAGAUCCGAUAUCCAAUUUACGUCCCUAUGUGCGGCAUUACGAUGCGAAUGAAACGGAAUUAGCUAAGAAAUUACGUUUGCUACGCAUCGAAGUGGAAAAAUGGAAUAUGAAUUUCUGGACGAAGCACAACUCGCGGUUUUAUGAGGAAAAAGAGGACUUUAUAAAACUACACAAACUCAGCGGAACCAAUGAAAUUAGCGCCGAUCAAAUGAGUGUUUUUUAUAAAUCAUUUUUAGAUAAAAAUAGACGCAUCCAUAUAAUGUACAAUAUUUCAUGGUAUUUGAAAAAUUUCGAAAUGCUCACGUUAGCCUUUGCCGUAGAAGUGGAAAAGUUAUUAAAUCGACUUAGGAAAAAGACGUAGCAAUCCCCAUUCAGCACAAUCAACAGACAAAAAAGUUUUUAACUUUAAACA